GCCUUCACUGGUAUCACGAGUUCCACUGGGGUCCCUUGAAACCGCCCGUGGGUUCCAUGUUUGUAUCAGAAAUUGAGCAGAGGAACUCCAUGUUGUAACAAAGUUUCCAGCAAUCUCCCCUUUUUUGUUUUCCCCCCUUUUUUUCUCUCCCCGUUUCUCUGUUGUGGUUUCCGCCCUCCUUCUCCCAUGCCCCCGGUCCCCCUCCAUUCCCCCCUUUUCGCCCUCAUUCCUCCAUCCAACAACCCCCAGCCCAGAGGAAGGAAGAAGUGAAAGUAAAUAGCCGAGCUCUGGGGAGGUGUGAUGGACAAUCCGUCCAUAUUCACCCAGGUCAGCCGAGAAGAUGUGAACAACCCCUUGCAAGAAAAAGGUGCUCAGAGCCCCUCCUCUUCGAAGAAGCCUCGGAAUCGCAGCAUCUUCCACUCCCUGUUCUGCUGCCUGUGUCAUGAGGAUACUGAGCCCCUUCCUGUCAAUAACAAUGCCCCUCUCCUGGUGGAGGAGAACGGAUCAGUUCCCAAGUCGUCUGUUAAAUAUCUUCUCCCAGAGGUGAAAGCACAGGACGCUGGCAAAAUCUGUGCGGUCAUCGACUUAGAUGAGACCCUUGUUCAUAGCUCAUUCAAGCCUGUCAACAAUGCAGAUUUUAUCAUUCCUGUGGAGAUUGAAGGAACGGUUCAUCAGGUGUACGUAUUAAAAAGGCCGCACGUGGACGAGUUUCUCCGGCGCAUGGGAGAGAUGUUUGAGUGUGUCCUGUUCACUGCAAGUCUCGCCAAGUACGCUGACCCGGUGGCUGAUCUGUUGGAUAAAUGGGGAGCAUUCCAUGCUCGGCUAUUCCGCGAGUCGUGUGCCUUUCAUCGAGGGAACUAUGUAAAAGAUCUGAGCCGGCUGGGGAGGGACCUCAACAAGCUGAUUAUUAUUGACAAUUCUCCAGCCUCCUACAUUUUCCAUCCAGAUAAUGCGGUGCCAGUGGCUUCGUGGUUUGACGACAUGACAGAUACCGAACUCCUAGACCUGCUCCCAUUCUUCGAGAGAAUCAGUCGAGUGGAUGACGUGUACAGCGUUCUAAAGCAGAGUCGGAGUGCUAGCUAGUGAUUCAGAGGGGGGGUGGGUAGCGGCGGGUGGGCUUCUGUGUGAGUAAACUCUUGACUUAUGCAUGGCAAAGGGCAGGAGAAGGAUCACGUUAUGGGAGGGAUGAGAUGUGGUCUUUUGAAAUCAGCUUUCGUGCCUCGUUAUGGUGCGACCCAGCUUGACACUGGUAGGUUUAUCAGAUUAGAAUUUGGUGAUUGAUAUCAUAUUCAUAUUUCUGCAAUAACUUCAUUUUUAAAGACUUCUGUUUUUCAUUAUAAGUUUUGGUAAGGAAAGUAGAAAUAAUCCUCCUGUUCUGACAAACAAGAUUAACACAUAGGUGUUUCUCUUAUAUUCCUCUCAUCAUUACUUUUAGGGCAGUGUCAGCAUAAUAUCAGUUGCAUAUUCACAUUCUUACUAAUCCAGCACCCAAGUGCAGUUACUGUGUCUGUAUGGCUGUGGGGUGAGGGUUAUAGGCAUGAAGGUCUUUGACUUGCUUCAGGCAUGGGUGAUGCGUAUGUAGGGUCACAACAGGACUGCAGAGGUUUUAUUAAAGUGUUACUAUAGUCUAAUCAUUGCCAUAUACUGAAUGGAGUAUUAAUUGGGGUGUGUUUGAGAGAGGGAGUACUCUUGUUCCUAAUGUGUUGUUUUAUGAAGCAUCUGAUUUAGGGUAACCGGUAUGCUUUAUUGACAUGGGUAAUGGAGAAGCAAGAUCAGCAGGCGAUGUUCCCACAUGUGCAGGUCACAGUUGGGUUUGUUGUAGGGCAAGCCUAGUGUUGGGGUGUUGGUAUUGCAGCAGUGGAGGAAACAACAGUGCAGGUGUACAGAAGCCUUGUCAGUAGGGGGCAGCAGAGGGGAUACUGAUAAUGAGCAAAACAUGCAGCAAGGAGAUUAUUUCUGUUUCUCCCAUGAACACUGCAGCUAGCACUCUAAGUAAGAUUUAAGGAAACAAUGCGUAUCCUGAGUGACUUGAUGCCUUUCAGACUUGUCCCAGGACUGUACAAUUAACAGCAAUCUCUAGUAAUGUGCACAUAGGUUUGACCAUACAGGUUUCUGCACAAUCUUGGACCCUCCAAAGCAAUAGAUGUGAGCAGGAAAAAUGGGGGCUAGUAAGUAUAGUAGGCCUAGACGACACCAACAAGGCAACAUUGAAACAGUAGGGAAAAUGGAAACAAUAAAACUUUCCAUCAUUGUUCAGUCAGAAACCUUUCAGUUGUUGAAGUUCAGCACCGAUGUGUGUUCAAGGGUGAUUUUUUUUGACACUCCUACUGUUUUGCCCUUAUUCCCACCACAGAUUCAGACAGUCCUGGUGCCAUUUCUUUUCAUGUUUUACCUGUCAUUGCCCUCCUGAGCGAUCUGUUGGACGGAUGUAUUAGGGACCAUGGGUUACUGCAGGAGUCUGGAAGGGCUGGGGGGGUGUCUUGGCUUUAUAUAUUGCCUUUUUUAACAUUGUGUAUUUAAUACCAGUGCAGCUUGGGUCAAGGAGGUGUAUGAGUGUAGCUCAUUUCUCUGGGGUAUUAGGUGAACUGAUGAGACAAAUCAUUUCAAGGGAAUUCACAGACCAUUUUAUGUGGCUUAAGUGCUGGGAGGAAGCUUUUUAAAGAGCGAAUCCACUUGGGAUGAAACUUCUUGGAACAUGGUAAAUAAAUGUAGAGGUCUGAUUUCUGCUUCUGGGCUACUCUCUUUCCUAUCGUCAAGUAGAAGCAGCAGCAGAUAGAUGGAGCAAGAACACCCUUUAGCUGCCAGAGGUCUAGGAAGCUGAUAUACACUGCCCAAAGUCACUAAAAUGGAGAACUCCAUUACUAUCUUCUUCCUACAUGACAAUGAGAAAUAGCAGCCCAAGGCCAGUACAGAGAAUCAGAGAUUGGAAUAGAGUAAGUACUGAGAUAGGACUGAUUUCAGUUACUAGAAGGAGGCUAUAAGGAGUAACAGGCCCAGGUUUCAGCCAAAGUAACCACCCAUUUGCAGUUGUUGAACUACCCCCAUGGUUAUCUUGGAUUAACCAAAUGUCCCUCUAGUUACAGGCAGGUGAUUGGUCUAUAAUUUGCUGGCAAAUGCUUAGUGCCUUUAUUCUAUUCCUUUAACACAUCACCCAAUCUCCUGCCCCCUGGGCACACAGCAAGCAGAUUAGUGCCUUUCUGUGGGUUAUAUCAGGACUUUCUUUUUGUGCCUUGUCAAUUAUCCCCAUAACUGCAAUACUGACAAAUACAUGGGAUUAGACAUUACACCAUACACCCCCUCCUAUUCUGGUGCAUUAGGAGUUAAACCUAGUAUUGAUUCAUCAGUGCCUUUUUGGGACACCGGGUUAUGGAGAUGCAGUUAAACGGUUCUUUCCAACAAAUUAAGUUUCUCUAAUAAAGCUCACAUCUCCUUUAGCUGCUCCUGAACUACAAGCACAGCUCCCACUGCUAGAGGAAUGCAGCAAGUCGUAGUUCAGCACAGGUCUGGACUGAGAUUCAAAAUAGGCCCUGGCAUUUCAGGUACACAGAGGCCCAAACAGGCCACACAGCAGCCAAAACAGCCUCCCACCAGCCCAAAAUAUAGUGACUGUCUAUGGCAACUUACAGCAGCCCCUCUGGCAUUUGCCAGAACCCACAGAUUGCCAGUCCAGGCCUGGUUCAGCAUCAAGACUGCUGCACCUUUGCUCAGUGUCCUGUUACUCUGUGUAUUGUUGAAAGGGAAUUUAUAGCUUAAAUACACUUUUCUUCAACAAGGCAGAUAUUUAGUAAUUUUCAUUAAAGGACCAGUAACGCCAUUUACUUGUGAAUUUUACCAAACUCUUUGUUAAACCUGCGUGUAUUUUAUCUGUUAAUUUCCCCUUUAAAUUGAUAUUGGGAAGAUGUGGAUAUGUGGGAGUCUCUUCCCUCAGUGUGUGCUGUGCCAGCGUGAUUUUGUGAUGCAUAUUCCAUAGAUUUCCAUUUAUUCCAAACCUAAAUCCAGCUAUAUCAAAGAAUAAAUGCCCUGGCCUCCCCCAUGCUCCCCAAUCUAUAUAUAGAACAAUUGUACCCCCUUCUUUCUGCACUCUUUAUUAUAAUCCAAGGCAAAGUUUGGUAUUUAAGGGUUUAUUAGAGCACCUAGCGCCUUAAGAAUCUUUCCUAAUUCUUGACCUGCACUGCGUUGAGUAGUGAGUAGAGUAGUGAGUUGACUGAGAGACUGCACCUCCUUGUUUAUUGGUAGUUACACAAGGCUCUAUAAAUAUGUAUAUCUGUAAAUAUGAUUUUUAGAGAGAUAUAAAAGAAUUGACACAUAACACAUAACAUUACUGGGGAAGCUUUUAUAGUUGAUGGUUUCCAUGUAGACACUCGGGCUUCAUUGCUCAGCAUGUAUGAAGAGAAAUGAUUUUAAUUGCUUAUUGGAGGGGCCGCCAAACUGCUAAAUACACAGCUUGCUUCAUUCACUUUGUAAUGUAUUUCUGUUACCCUUACAGCUGGUAUUCUCUGUCUCACGGUGUUAAAGUAGUACAUGUUCUGAUAUAAGUGUAGAUGGUGGGUGACCUGCAGCAACCAGGGGCUACAAGCUCAGCAUCCCCUCUAGUUCCAUUACAUUGGAUGGAACUUACCUGCUGUACCAAUAACCUCCAUCUGAGGGCACCAUGUUGAUUUUAUCACCAGCCUCCCGGGAAGUCAAACUCACAGCUGCCCACCACAAACUGCAACUCCUUCCAGCUUUUAUGAACUGCAACUACCAGCGGACUGGUAUAGGCUGUUUCCCUAUGAUGGUGGAGAUCUGAGUUUAACAUCCUUGCCUUAAACUGACAAUAGCAAUAGGAAAGAAGCGAGGGUUUGUGCUAUUUUUAUAUAUAUAUAUAUAUAUAUAUAUAUAUAUAUAUAUAUAUAUAUAUAUAUAUAUAUAUAUAUAUAUAUAUAUAUAUAUAUAUAUAUAUACCAUUAUAUGCUGCUAAAAGAGAUGUUGAGCUCUGCCUAAUAAAGCCAGAAAUGGGGUUCAAGCAGAAAAGCAGCUAGUAGGUGCUCUCAUGGUUAAUGUGCCUUUAGUAAAUGGAUUUGGAUUCACCUUUUCUUCUUCUUAACAUAUAUUUUAUUUCUAAAGCAUGAACAUAUUCCACUGUGCUGUAAAAUAGAAUUUCCACACAAAGUGGAUGUAGUAUGAUGUUGAUAUCUUAGAUACUAAAUACUGGUUAAAUCAGCCAAUCAACCAUGUAUUAGAACAUUCACAUCUCAAAAAUGACAAAAAAUUGUAACGUGUGUGUGUGUGUAACAUCCUUUUCUCCCCCAUAUUAGAGCCUGCUGUGUGUCUACAUGAGAACCUGCACUAAGGACAAGGGCUGCCAUUAACCCUAAAGUUAUUUUUUUUAUGAUAUUAUAUAUUUUGUAUUGUAUAUCUGUCUUCUAAACAGAACUGUGUGGGGAGGGCUAAUCCUUUUAACUUCUUUGGGGAGAUUUAAGAAAAAAAAAAGAUAUUUUAAGUGCCUUCUUUUGUGUGAUUUAAACAAGAAAUACUGUAAAGUAAUCCUUCCAAUGACAAGAAACUAAAGGUAAAAACAAA